ACUUGCAUUUUACAAUAUUCAUUUAGUAUACUUUAUGUAAACAGUGACAUUUUAUCUUACUCAAUUUUGUGUUUUGCAUUACUAUAUGUCUUCCACAUAGGACUGCAAGACAGCUUCACAGGGGUGGCAGAGGGCCCCUUUUCACACCCGAACAGGAGGAGGCUAUUUGCACCAUGGUCGUAGAAAACAAUGCCAUAAGACUAAGGGAGAUACAGAGUGCCAUUAUAGAAGACAACAACAUCUUUGAUAACAUCCAAACAGUCAGCAUCUCAACCAUUGACAGGGUGCUGAAAAGACACCAAAUGAAUAUGAAGCAGCUGUACACCGUUCCAUUUGAAAGAAAUGACGAAAGAGUGAAGGACCUGCGCUACCAGUAUGUACAGCGUAUAAUGGAACUGGAAGCAAGUGAACCACCGCACAGCUUCAUCUACAUGGAUGAGGCUGGCUUCAACCUAACUAAACGCAGAAGGCGUGGUCGAAAUAUCAUCGGCCACAGAGCUACAGCUGAUGUGCCAGGCCAACGGGGCGGGAACAUAACCAUGGCUGCUGCUAUCUCUGAGAAUGGUGUGCUAACGCAUAUUCCCAUUAUUGGGCCAUACAACACAGAGCAUCUUGUCACCUUUUUAGACACACUCUACAGGGAUCUCAUCCCUGAAGAAGAGAGGGGCCAGACUGGAGAUGACCUGCCAAAGUAUGUGAUUGUUUGGGACAAUGUCAGUUUCCAUCGCUCCAACAUCAUCAGGCAAUGGUUUGCGGCCCACAACAGGAUGCUGAUGGAGUUCCUCUCACCCUACUCCCCAUUCCUUAAUCCCAUUGAGGAAUUUUUCUCAGCAUGGAGAUGGAAAGUAUAUGAUCGCCAGCCACAUACACAGAUGACCCUUCUGGCUGCCAUGGAUGCAGCGUGUGAUGACAUCACAGCAGAUGCCUGCAGAGGCUGGAUAAGACACUCCAAAAGAUUCUUUCCACGCUGCAUCGCAAGAGAAAACAUUUGUUGUGAUGUGGAUGAGAAUUUGUGGCCCAACAGACAGGAACGUCAGGAGGUGUAGGACGAUUGCACUGUAAUUACGGCACUGCAUGUACAGUUUUCCCUAAGGAGAUUGUCCUAUGUUUACAUUUCUACUUUUGUUUUUGUUUUUUCUUUGUGCUAUGCAGUGCUGUCUUUUCUUUUCUUUAUCAGGAAAAAAAUAAAAGCGUAAAUGUGAAUCUUGUCCAGUCUCUUUCAAACUCCACAUACACUAAGGUGUAAACUACAAUUUACAAUAAUUGUCAUCAAAACUUUAGCCAUAGUUUACAUCAGAACAUCCCUCCAGAGUACACUGUUAUAUUGACAACAUGACUAAGCAAUUUGACUGUCUUAUCCGUACACAAUGACACAAGGACUUGUCAUUCUGAUGCACUGACAUGUUCAUUGACACGGAUAUUUAGUUUUGAGAGAUGAACUAAGGAUUUUGAGCAAGAGAGUGGCUUUUGCAGGUCAUCCAUGGUGUUUUGCUAUUUGUACAAAUU